UGCUUGUUGCAAUUUAUAUUGCUAGCAAAGCAACUGUAUCUGAAAACUGGAUUGAAAUAAAUCUGAAAAUAUAUUUAUAUCAAUAUAUGUGUUUUUAAAUCCAUUCAAUUAUGGAAAAACUAUCCUGGAAGCUUCCUCGCUUUGAUUUUGAUUAUGUGUACACUCAUGCACAUAUAAACAAAUAUUAUUCCUUUUGGUUAACAUUUGAAUAUGUUACAUAAUUUUUAUUUGCUUUGUAUAUAUAUUUAUACAAUUUUUCAUUAUAUAUAACUUAUACCACCCCUACAUGUCUAAAUGUUACAUGACAAAUUUAGAUUAUAAUAUUAGCAAAAAAAUUGCUUCAGUAAUCUAAUUACACCUAAGAAAGAAUUAAUCAUACAUUAAAAAUAUAUAUUUUGUGUUUAACCUGUUGUCAAAAAUUAGCUAACUAAAACUAGUAUUAAUAAUCUUAGCAGAAGCUAAUGACAUUAGAAUAAAGAAUUUGUAAACAAAAUUUGAGUCAAUUGUUAGAAGCAGACAGUUUAUACCACCUUUCUAAUUGUUUUUGGCCUGUAUUUAAUAAUAAAGUAAGAGUAAAAGACUGAUAUUAGAUAUUCAUCAGUUAAUUUAUGUGCAAUUCAACUAAUAAUCCUAAAAACUAAACUUCAAUAACCAUUUUCCUGUUUUUGUUUUUGGUAAAUGUUGUUUAUUGGCUGCAAGGUGAAAAAAUUUUGAUGGAUUUUUGUUAUGGGAUUCCUGGCUUGUUUAAGGCAUUCUAUCCCCUAACAGAGUAACUCUUAUUUUAACACCUUUAAAAUACUCAAAUAAUGAAGAGAGGCCAAAUAUGUUUUCAAAGCAGCUUUAUUCAAGUAACUGAGAUGACCAAUUUUGUAGAAAUGUGUAGUCUCAAAACGACACCCAAAACAGGAAGAGGAACAGAAAGCAUGUUAUUGUUACUAAGUUAUAAAGAUUGUGUGUCUCCCUGAGACAUUUCUCUUUGGAAGUUAAUGGUAUAAAGAUCCAAAAAUGAAUUUUUAUGUCAAAGGUAAAAUAUAUAUUUAUAUUUUUGAUUAUUUUCCUAAAUACAUUUUUAUACACUGUCAAACAGAGGUGUCAUGUGGUUUUGUGGGAUAUGCAGCCCUAUUUGAUACCAGUAAAUCCCUUCUUAGAAAAUUCAUAUUCAAUGUGAACUAACCCUCUGUUGUGGCUACAUGUUUGUCUGUGUAUGACUGAGAAUGAAUUUUGUUUUUUACUAUGUAAGUGGUCUUUUGUCAAAAAAUCAAAUAUAUGUUGGGUGGUCAAGGGAGUGGCACCUAGAUGAGUGAUGUACAUUUCCAUUAUUGCUUCUUUUAGAAUUUGCAUCCCUGGCGUCAACUAGUGUUUUUGCAAUAGAAUUUUUCAACUGCAUUUCCAUUGAUAAUUUUGUAUUUUUGCUGUUCAAAUACUGAAGAGAUAUUUUUUAUUUCAUUGGUUGGAAAUUUCCCAGUUUUUUUAUGUAAUUGUUGUCAACAUGUGAUGAAUUUUGCUUCAUUAUAGACAUGUCAUGUAAUCGCAGGGUUCCUCAGAAGAGGGGGGCUGGAGCCCCCCCCCCCUCCCAAUGGGAGCAAACAAAUUGGCAGCCCCUGGUAUGAAUUUCGCUUUCAUGGCACUGAAUCAUGUUUUCAGUGUGAAAGGUCUCCAAAACAGACAACAUAGGUUAAGUGGUUUGUUUUGAUUGGUUAUAAGUUGCUGGUUUUGCUUUUGUUAUUAUGAAUAUAUCCUAAAUAAAUACCCAAUAAUGAUAGACAUAUGUUCCUGGUUUUCUGACUUCUCCCCCUGUACAGCCUUCUGCAAUAUCCCCUGCACAAGCAUAAUAUGUCUUGCCUAUGAGCAGAUUUAUGGACAUGGAAAAUGCCUGCCUAAACUGUACCCUGGAGGUUAUUGAGAAUCAACAGACAUAAAUCUAAGAGUUCUAAAAAUUAUUUCAAAUUCUAUUCAGUUUUUUUGGCUUUGACCUGUUUCCAAUAUUUGUAUGGAAUGUCUGGUGUCAAAAGGAAUUCUAUCAUGAUUGGUUGCCUAUCAAUAGAUGUGUAGGUUCGCCAGUUUUAUUCCUGCUCAUUCUCUUUAAAGACUAUUCUAAUUGGUAAUUUUAGAAGAGUUUUUAACUUUUUUAAGAGUUUACAUACUGUACAUUCUCAUUGAGACUUCCCUCCUUCUCCGUGUUAGCCCAUUGAUGAUAAACUUCAAUGGAAAUUACCCUUUUUUAUCAAUUUGAUAAAUUUUUAUAUUUAUUGAGAGAGUCAGGUUAGUGAAAUUGUUUAAUGAUGUAAAUUUCAAUACACAGAACACUCCUUUUUGCUUCUUUAUCUGCUUUUUUGAAUGUGUCAGAUAUGUCCUAAUAGAAAAUCAGUUAUCACAGUUUUCAUCGGAAAUCCCUGCAUUUCUACUAUCGCAAAGCAUUUUCAAAAUUUAUCUUUUGUAAGAUAUCAAGGCGGAGAGAUACAAGGACAGAGAGACAACUUUUGUUUGGGGGGCCAGCCCUGAUAAAUAAUCGUAAGAACAGCCAUAUUUACAAAAUGAAAGUAUUUUACUUAUGCAACUCAAGUGUUUUGGGGGGCCAAGGCUGGUAUCUCAGUCUUUGGUAAGAUAGUAGGCAAACUAAUGAGAGCAUCAUUAAAACCAAUGGAAUAAGAAAUUAUUGGAAACCUUUCCUUGAAAUGGAUUUUUUGUUAUGGAGAGUCAUAACAGAUUUUGUGUAUGCCAUGCCCAGAACUGUCUCUUAGGGACCCCACGGUCUGGUCAUUUCAAAUAUUCCCAUUUUAUGUUAGUGCCGGUGUUUUAUGUUUGGGCUUCAUUGUCCAAAAAAUUGAAUUGGACGUAGUAAAUACUAUUUGUCACCCUAGUAGUAACAUAACAUAUGCAAAGGGAUAUCUACAAAUUUAUAAAUUCUUUUCAAAGCAUCUGACUGCUUUAUUGUUUUAUUUUGAUAUAAUUCAAUUCCCGCUACAAUACAAAAGCUAGUUGUACCAAAUAUGAAUAAAUCAAUUUAAGAUCUGAACAACAGCAAAAACAUUUAUUAAAACGGCAAAUCGAGCAAAAUUUUUUACUACUGAUUAAUUUCAAUAGCUUAACAUUAUUUAAACUUACAGACUCAUUGCUAACAAUAACAUUGCGCUACGCAAGCAUCCCAUAAUGCAUUUUCAGACAGUCUGAAAUCAAUUAUGAUUAAUCCGUAGAAGUUUACUGCCAUUGUUUGGAUUCCAUAAAUAUAUUAAAUUGUUUGGAUUCGUCUGGAUAAUUUGCCACCCUCGCAAAAGCUCAUUGUUAGCAAUGAGUCUUUAAAUUUCAACUGUUUGAGUGUCAAAAUAUAGCUUAAACAUAAAUGACUCCGCUUACACCGAUGAAUAAGUGAAUACAAAACAAUUGGGCAUGGGAAAUUAGAACUUUUUCCAUUUCGAGUGGAGUGGCCGGGAAAUUUUCCGAGAAAUCGCUGACUCUGUUGAAAUUUUGUAAGAGCGAGGCAAUUUCCUACUCAGUGACAUGCAAUAUGUGCAGGGCCUUAGCAAAAGAACGCGCCACUCAGGUGCUGAUUUUCGGCGUUGAGCAUUGGCGGCACGAAAAACACUGGGAUUGCUUCUAUUUUGGUUAAAGAAGAAUGCCACAAUAAAUAGAUUUCAUGUAGUUUAUUAUGUGAUACAAUAAGCUGCCAAGGCAAGGGAGAAUCUUGGUCUAAAGGUAAUCGAUGAAAAGCGCUUGGAUUUGUUAUACGCAGCGCCUCGUACGUAGAAGAAUUCAACAGAAAACACAGCGACUCGUAGAAGAGUUCAACAGAAAGAUUUUAUCAUCUUAAAGUUGAAGUGUUUUUAAAAAUAUAUCAAUUCCUGAAUACAGAGACUGUGAACCUACUGCAAAAGGUGAUUGUGAACAAGCAGUGCUGUAGUGAUCAUGGCCUUUGCUCCGCGUGGAGGCUUCAGGCCUCCCAGGGGAGGACCCAUGCCACCAAGAAUGCCUCCUAGGAUGCUACCACCAAGAGGCAUGAGGCCAAUGCCCCCAUUUGUGCGAUUUGAUGGCAGAGGCCCGCCACAUGGCAUGGCUAGAUUUCGCCCAGACGGUGGUUUUCCAGGUCCUCAUCAUGGACCACCAAGGCCAUUCCCACCGCGGGGACCACCACGAGGCCCUCCUAGGGGACCACCACAAAGAGGUUGGACACCAAGAGGUUCAAUGCUAAGAGAUCCUUCUCCCAGAGGAGAAACUCCUUUUAAAAAGCAACCGCCUCCAGUUAGUUCUACUAAGGUGGUUAAGAAAGAGUCUGUUAAAACAGUUGACAAUAAAGAGCCAAGCAAAACAUCAACAGAGAAGGAUUCUAAAGAUCAGUUAGCAGAGGUGAAAACUGAAAAGCCUUUGGAUAAAGAUAAUAUUGAGAAAGGACCUUCAGAUAAAGCAGUUUUGCCAACUAAAACACAGGUUAAAAAGGAAGAUGAGCCUGUCAAAGUAACUCUUGAUAGCUACAACUGUGAUUUGCAUUUCAACAUUGAUGAAUCAGGUUUGGUGGGAUGGACACUGCACGAUAAAGGUUUUGAAUAUUUGUGGGGAGGAUGCAGAGGAUCUCAUGGUGUCAAGACUGGCAAGGUUGCAUUUGAGUGCACAGUCUUAGAGAAUUUACCUGUUGAAGUUCCUACCACCGAGUCAACACCUCAUGUCCUGAGAGUUGGAUGGUCUGUUGAUGGUGCAGAUUUUCAGCUUGGUGAAGAUCGUCUUUCAUUUGGCUAUGGAGGCACUGGUAAAAUCUCAGUUAACAGUAAGUUUUCUGACUAUGGUCGUCCAUUCACAGUUGGUGACGUCAUUACUUGUUGCUUAGAUCUUGAUGCCAAACCCAAUGUCAUUUUCUAUCUACUAAAUGGAGAUUACUUGGGUGUUGCUUUCAAAAUUGGUCCAGAGCUUGGCAACAAUGCCUUGUAUCCUCAUAUCACUGUCAAAAAUGUUAAAUUUCAAAUCAAUUUUGGUGGACAGUGGCCCAAAUUCCCAAUCAAGCCUGGCUUCUCAAUGCUGCAAAAUUUGCCAAAGGGAGAGCUUUUGCAAGCACCUACAGGGCCUAAGAACAGACAGGAUGCUGAAGUUAUUAUGAUGGUAGGACUACCAGCUUGUGGCAAGACAUUUUGGGCAGAGAAAUAUUGUAAGGACCAUCCAGACAAAAAAUACUAUAUGCUUGGUACCAAUAGCAUCAUAGAUAAAAUGAGAAUAAUGGGACUGACAAGAAAACGGAACUAUCAUGGUAGAUGGGAUGCUUUGAUAAAAGAUGCAACAGGCUGUCUCAAUAUCUGGCUCAAGAUAGCUGAGAAUCGUGUGCAUAAUUACAUUCUUGAUCAAACAAAUGUUUACUUCACAGCUCGAAGAAGGAAAAUGAAGACUUUCGGUGGAUAUAAACGAAUUGCAUGUGUCGUAGUCAACGAGCCUAAUGUACUAGCAGAACGCACCGCGAAAACACAGAAAGAAGAAGGAAAAAUUGUCCCUAUGGAAGCCAUAAUGGAGAUGAAAGCAAAUUUCAGUCUCCCGGAAGUUGAUGAAUCAUUUGAUGAAGUUAGGUAUGUGGAGGAAAAGCUCCCGAAAGCUAGUGAAUUGGUGCAGCAGUACAAAAGUGAGGGCCAUGAAUUUAGAAAGGGCUCUAGUCGUUUUUCUGGCAACAGCCAAGAACCCAGGGCAAAGAUUUCACGAAAUGAUAAUAGCAGUUUCCAUGGUGGCCGUCCUGCAGAUGGCGUAUAUCAUGAAAGAGCUCCAAGAAAUGACUUCAAUGAAAGGAGACCUUAUGGCCAUAAUCAAACGAGAAGAGUUGAAACAAGAGGCGGGGAUAUGAGAGGUGAUGGAAGAGAGCAACAUAGUAACCAGUAUCAGUCACACUGGAAUAACGAAAGGCAAGGGAAUCAGCAGACAGGUAGACGUUUUGAUCGACCAGAUACAAGGAGAGAUGGAUCGAAUCAACAAAAGGAUGAAAGAAUGUAUGAUGAAAGACAGCAUGGUGAUCAGCGAUUUGAUGAAAGGAGAUCUGAUUUUAGCAGAACUGGCAGUGGUUGGGAUGAACGGUCAUCAACUGGUGAAGGCAGAAGUGAUGCUGCCCCUUUUAGGAAAAUAAAGCAAGAGCCACUUGAUGAUACCCCGCAAUUUCAAGGCAGAAACGAACAGUAUAAACCUUAUACUCCUGCAAACUCUAGACCUGAGUACCACAACAAGGACCAGAAAUAUAAUACAGAGUGGAACAGAGAUCGGCAAUCACAGUAUGACUAUUCAGCAGAUGUUAAGGAAGAGCCGGGCUAUAGAGAUAGUUAUGGUUCAUCUAUAAAUGAGGGGAGAGGGUACCAGGGUAAUGAGCCAGUAAAGAGUGAACGUGGCGAUCGAUAUCAGCCAUACAGAUCAGAUACAUAUCAGAGUCAUGAAAGAAGUCAGACUGCCUCAGCUGAACAUGGAGGUAGAUAUGGAAUGGAUAGCAGUGGUCCACAAGAUUACUAUGCAUCCCAAAGUAGCUAUGCCGGCAAUAGAAACAAUACUCACAGCCAAAGCUCAUCUUCACAGUCAUAUAGCACCUCCUAUGCAAAUCAGAACCUUGAUAAUCAAUCAUCAAAUGUUCGUAGUACAGAGUCUGAUCGUAAUCAGGAGUAUCAAGGAAGGGGGUACUCCAGUAGCCAUGUUGAAAGGCCAGGGGAUUCACGCUUUGUCCCAUAUGGAAGCUCAUAUCAGCCAGGAUCACAGAAGCAAGAGCCACCUAUGCAAAGUAAUUCACAAUAUGCAACACAGCAACUCGCUUUUUCUAACCCCCAAAAUAGCUCCUAUUCGUCUACUCAAGGGCAGAAAGACUCAUAUGAUCGUCCAUCAGGGGGAUGGCAAGCUGGAUACUCUCAGUCUGCAAGCCAACAAUCAACGAAAGGUUCUAGUGGUCAGCAGAGCUAUACAGGGCAACAAAGUUACGGGAGCUCUGUCCAGACUGAGAAUCGAAGCUACCCAUCACAGCAAACCUAUACUGGACAGCAAGGCUAUGGUGAGCAGCAUAGAGAACCCCAAGGGUAUCAAAGGCAAGAAGGAUCUACCAGGCAGCAAGGAUCCAAUGUUCAACAUUCAUAUUCUGGACAGCAGAGCUACACAGGGCAACAAGGUUACACAGCACAACAGGGUAACGCAGGACAGCAAGGCUACACAGCACAACAGGGCUACGGACAGCAGGGCUAUGCUCAGCAAGGCUACACAGGACAGCCAGGCUACACAGGACAGCAAAGCUACCCCGGAUAGCAAGGCUAUGCUGGUCAAGCAGGCUACCCCGGAAAACAGAACUAAUAACGCAGUUAAUGCGAUUUAUGACAGGGAUGUUGUAUAAUUGUGCUAAAAGCCCCUAAACAGAAUUGAAUGUGCUGCAUCUUCGAUAAAGAUAGCUUAAACUAGUAGUGCUACGACCAGAUUACAAACUGAUAUAACAUAUCAAGCAUAUAACAAAUCCAAAAUAGUUCUAAAUAUAUUUCGCUGAUAUAGGGGGAAGGGGUCAUAUUGAAUAGGAAAUGGAAGCGGUCUCACGGGUUUUGGCCAGGAAUGCAGGUCAAAAUUUAAUCAGAUUUGCAAAAAGUACCCUCUGUUUUAUUCUCUCUGUUACCUUUUCUAAAAGAACAGCUUUUAAAUAAUGUCCCAGAUUUUGCAAAACAUAGACCCCUUUCUCAGAGAAAGUUUAAAUCUACGUGGAUAAUAAUUUUUUUUACUACCGUUUUAAGCCACCGGGAAAAUACCGUUAAGCUUUUAAAUCCACUUACUGGUCAGUUAGUCAAUUUCUUAUCCAGCUUUGAAGUAUGUUUUGUUCACUUUUUUAGCUUUCAAUUUGAAAAUAAUAUUUGUUGCUUUCACCCAUAAUCGUUAUUAUAACUCGUUUGCAAUUUUAUCAGCUUUUUCUAUUUGAUCUUUGGUCGGUUAUGGUAUAAUUAAGGAUGAGAUACAGUAUUAAGCCUUUUAACUCGAAUGCUAUGCUGUUGUUGAAUAUUUAAUUCACCUACCGUUGUUAAAUAUCAAAUUUGAGAUUGAACGUCCUAUUGGCAUGUCAAGACAUGGAAUCAAAGCCUGCCGCAACAAUAACUAUUGCCUUUAAAUUAAUUUAAUUUAACACUCGUUAACCAGUGGUGGCGCCAGGGGAGGGCUAGGGGGCUAUAGCCCCUCCGUCGGAAGCAUCUAGCCCCCCAUCGGAGGAUAUUUUAGGUUAUUGUACGAAAACUGCUUAUUUUAGUCAUUUUAGCCCCCCUGUCGGAAGCUCCAAUCCCUCUGUCGGAAGAUUUCUGGCGCCACCUCUGCGUUAAACAUUAUUACACGUUAUUAUAAGCUGGUUAGUUUUUUGCUGUCUUUUUUAAUGUUGUUAUUUCUGUACAGAGGAACGCAUUUAUUUGUUCUCUCCUUUCAAAAUGCCAAGUAAACUACUCUGUUACCCAAUCCAUUAUUUUUGAAAUCGAAAUAUUAGAUUCAAACUCUGUGUGGUUAACAGAACAAGGAUAACCCUGAAAGGAAUCUGACCGUGACGUCAUUCAUCCAACUCGAGCUGUCAAUCAAAGGCUGUUUUUAGACAACUCUUCAUUUCCUUUGCUUCUUUCUUGAGGCAUGAUGGCCCCUUAGGUAAGGAGAACACCGAUUCAAUGGAGAUAACACAAAAUAUUUGAUGCCAAGUAUAACCGGGAACUAUAUUUACAGUUGAAUGAUAAGGGCUUGGUUAUCCCAUUGAACGUGAAACUCGGAGCAGCAUAUUCUAAAUAAUAGGAAACAGGAUAAGGGCAUGGAAAAACAGUUCUGUAUUGCUGGUCACUUCCAGUUGAGAAGCUAUUGUUUCUCAGUAGAUUUCUGUAGGACAGUAAAGGUGGCCUAGAGAGAGCAAGGAAAACAUUACUCGCGUUUUGAAGAGAAGCAAUGCGAAAAUUCUUACUGAAUCUUCCAGCAUUACUGUUUCGUAUGUAGCAAAUAGAAAGGAACUAUCUUUUUUUUAAGAAUCUUUGCUCUUAAACUUGUAUUAGAGAAAAUUAAAUUCAAGGGGCUUCAUAAAAACUUGUUUGUUGAUCGAAACUCACUAAGAAUCGACUAUGCCAUGUUUGAUUCAGGGCAGUCAGGGUAAUUUCGUUAAAACGCAUGUGAUCGACGAAAUUCCUUGCCAAAUUUUUUUGAAACAACCAGGCUUCACUUUUCGUCUGAACAAGGCGGAAGACGUUCCGAAAAUGUCUACGUUUUUCUAAAAUGUUCUUAUUCCCCAAACACUCUUAUCCGCCCGACUCAUGUCUCAAUGGACAGUCUCAAGGGUGAUUUUCCUCAUGUUUAGCACCUACAAGGAAAAUCAGAUGCCUCGCUCAACGUCACGUUCUUAAGGCUGCCUAUGGAACUUGAAGAAAUAGUCCAUGAUGGUGGUUUCUUUGCCCCUACAAAGAACUUGCAAGAAACUGACUGCCUUCAUAUCAACUCCAUUUCUUUAUAUCUGCAGCGGAAUUCGUCGAUGAUUUAUGCGAACCAUGCAUCGAUAUGUCUCAUUUUUCAAAAGAAUUGUCGACAAUCACCAGAAAAGCUUUUGCGAAAAAUUAUUCAAAUGUACACGGCAAGCUGUAAAAUUCUGAACAAAACAUAAAGGACGAGAGUGAGGAAGGAGAUGAAAGAGCAUCGUGUACUUACUGUUUGCGAAGAACAAUCUGGAAGACUGCAUGUGAUCUAGAUGAGUUUUGAUUGGCGGAUGUCUGUCCAGAGGUUCUACGAAGUAAGCAGGUAUGUUGCUUUACAUAUAAUGACAAUAAAGAACAUAUAUAUGAUUGAUUAAGAAGCACGACUAAAUGUGCAAAAUCAGUUAGAUCUGUAACAAAUUGGCUCAUGAGCACAGACGCUUCCCCCAUCCAAUCACAGUUAAUCAGUAGCAAAAAUCUGAAUUCUAUUUGCUAUAUCUCAGUUAUUUUGGAACAGAUUAAAAUUAUUUUGCAUUUUAAGAGGUAUUUCACGGCCAUCUUACAGAAAACAUGAUCCAAAGAUAGACAUUAUGAAAAUAAACUUUUAUGCCGUCACGUGUAAGAACUCUUUACAUGCUAAGAUAUGCCACUCACCUAACUUUCAUGCCACGCUCUAUUAACUUAAGGACAUCCUGUACACUGUGGACAACAAUCUCUUCUAGAUCGACAACCUGAAAUUCAUCAAAAGUAAUACAUGCUUUAAGAUAAAUGACUAAUAACCAAAUGUUUUGAUAAAAGUUUCUCAAAGGAAUCCAUACUACUGUUUUCACAACUGUGCAAAUUAGAAAAGGUGUUUGCAAAUAUAAGCCACCUUCUCACUUCGUCACUGGAAUUGAUGUGGCUGGCGAACAGACAACUUAAUGAACUGUUCACUUUGGAUUAUGAUAUACAUUUCAAGAUAGACGGAGAGAGGGAGAGGAUAACACAUCCAGAGAAGGGGGAAGGUGAUGACACACCCAGAGUGGGAGGGAGAUGACACAUCCAGACGGUAAGGGGAUGACUCAUUCCGAGAGGGGAUGGGAUAACAAAUCUGACUCUAUAUUACUGCCACACACCAUACAUAUACGCCUUAAAUCUUUAAUGGAUCAAAAAGGAAUCUAAACAUGUUGUUGUCAAGUAAAGGAUCAUCCUUCUACCGCCACCAAAAUUACCUAAACAUAUCUAAUUUCGAAGUAGGAUCCCCGCCUACGCUGCACGCAUGCUAACUACAGACUCUCAAAAUAUAAGGCGCCAAGGUGAGAUACUCAUUUGAGAAAAAGAACUUACUUGAACCUGCCCUUGUCCAUCUUCUAGCACACGAAGUUUCUUCUUCUUAUUCAAAAGGUCAAAUACCUGAAAAUAAUUGCCAAAAUAUUCUUUUUUUUAAAGGUGUUGCUAGACAUAACUGUAAACUAGCACCAAAUUAAAGUACUCAGUACUACAGAAAUUUGGUUGUCUGUAGUUCUGAGUUUGUUCUGAGAGUCAUUUGACAAAAAAGCACACCAAUUGAAAAUAAAUACGGUCUACAUGGCUCACGUCACUGCUAGUAAGGAUCGAUAAAUAUCAGGGAUCUAGUGGUGAUGCUAAUUGGUCAAACCUAACUUUUCGUCCACAAUAAAUCAUGUGAUUAGCAAUUGUUUAUUA